AUGGAGGGCGCGCGCGUGUACAUUCCCGACGAGAAGUUUGUCUGGGUACCAGCUACAAUCCUCUCGGUCAACGAGUGCGGCAACGUCUUCCGCGUCCGGGUGCAACCAUUGCGCGGCAGCUCCGAUGCGCCCGUUGACGAGCGCACCGUCGACCUCACCCACGACGGCAUGCCCGACUCGUUGCCGCUCCAGAACGAAGCCAGCUCGGACCUGACGAGCGCUGGCGCCGAAGACAUGUGCGCGCUCGGGCAUCUCCACGAGCCCGCGAUCGUCUACAACGUGCGCGCGCGCUUCUUUGCCAACGAGCCGUACACGUACACGGGGGAAGAUCGUCGUGGCGUUGAACCCGUACCAGUGGAUCAAGAGCCUCUAUACGAACGAGCUCCGGGAUCUGUACACGGAACGCCCAUGGGACGUGAUGCCGCCACACGUGUAUGCGACAAGCGCCGAGGCGUUUCACCACAUGAACCAGCACCGUCUGCCCCAGAGCAUCCUCGUGAGUGGCGAGUCGGGGGGCAGGCAAGACCGAGACCGUCAAGAUCAUGA